AUGACGCACUUCCCGUGCGUCCCCGGGGCAGGGCGGGGCCUGUCGCCGGCGGCCGGACCCCUGUGCGGUCUUGGGCUCCCAGAGCUGGCGGCUGCUGUGCGGCUUGCGGAGCCGGAGCGGGUGCCCCUGCCCCACGGCCUCCUGGGCGUGGCCGGUAGGAUCCGCACGGCCGCCGUCUGGGUUCCUCCUCUCCAGGAAGGAGACCACUCAUGUGAUGGGAUCAGAGAGCAUCAAGGUCAGGAUCCUGUUCUCCAAGGGACCCCCGACUAGAGGCCUCUCCUGGGAGCAGCUGGGCAGAGGCAGAAGAGCCCCAGGACAGAGAAGGUCCUAGAGUGGCUGUUUAUUUCCCAGGAACAGCUAGAAACCACCAAGUCCUGGACAAAAUCUGGGAGAUUGGUGAUCAUACAGAGAGGCAACAGGAGAACCAAGGCAAGGUGGCAAGCGUGGCAAAAAGCUUUGAAUGUACUUCAUUUGGAGAAUUGUGUCUUCUCAGUACAAGUUAUACUUCAAGACAAUGUUCAUAACUGUGGAACACAUGGAAAGAUGUUGAACUAUGAUAUACUAAUUAUGAACUAUGAUACUAAUUAUGCUGGAAAGAAUCCUAGUGGGUUUCACAUACAGGGGGAAUUAUUAUUUUAUUCUAAGCAUGAGCAAACUGUUACUGGAAUUACAUAAUAUGAAAAUAACAAAUCUGGGAAAACUGAACAAGAAGUCACCACUUAUUUGCCAGCAGGUGCAUCAUGGGGAGAAAGCCUAUAGCAGCAGGUCAUACCUUGUAGUGCAUCAGCAAACUCCUGUGGAAGGGAAAAUCUGUGAAUGCAGUGGAUUUGGGAAGGACUUCAGUAGUAAGGCAUACUUCAUUGAAUGCCAUAAAACCUACACAGGAGAGAAACUACAUGAAAGCAGUGAAUAUGGGAAAGCUUUUGGUUUCACUCCACAACAUGUCACACAUCAGAGGAUUCGUACAGGCAGUAAUCCCCAUGAAUGUUGUGAAUGUGGGAAURUCUGCAAAAGAAAAGACUAGCUCAUUCUACACCAGAGAAGUCAUKCAGGACAGAAACCCUAUGGGUGUGAUGAAUGUGGGAAAGCUUUUGGUUUGAAGUCACAGCUCAUUAUACAUCAAAGAACUCACACAGGAGAGAAACCAUAUGAAUGCAGUGAAUGUAAGAAAGCCUUCAAUACAAAGUCAAAUCUUAUGGUAUACCAGAGAACUCACACAGGAGAGAAGCCCUAUGUCUGUACUGACUGUGGGAAAGCCUUCACAUUCAAGUCACAGCUCAUUUACAUCAGGGGGUACACACCGGAGUAAAGCCCUGUGGUUGUAAUGAGUGUGGGAAAGCCUUCAGUUUGAAGUCACAGCUCAUUGUGCAUCAGAGAAGUUACAUAGGAGUGAAGCCAUAUGGAUGUAAUGAGUGUGGGAAGGCCUUUAGGAGAAAGUCCUACCUCAUUAUACACAUGCGGACAUACACAGGAGAGAAACUCCAUGAGUGCAGUAGUCGUGGGAGGGCCUUCAGUUUUAAUUCACAACUCAUUAUACACCAGAGGAUUCACACAGGAGAGAGCCUCUAUGAAUGCCAUGAAUGUGGGAAAGCCUUCAAUUGGAAAUACCAGCUCAUUUCACACCAGAGAAGUCAUGCAGGACAGAAACCCUAUGGGUGUGAUGAAUGUGGGAAAGCUUUUGGUUUGAAGUCACAGCUCAUUAUACAUCAAAAAACUCACACAGGGGCUGGGGAUGUGGCUCAAGCGGUAGCACGCUUGCCUGGUAUG